AUGACCUCCACGAACAUAAAUGUUGGAUUAAGUGAUUCUACAAGGAAUUCUAGUAGAGUAUUGAGACCUCCGGGUGGUGGACACACGAAUAUUUUUGAUAAUGAGAAGAACGAGACUAAAACUACUAGGAAAGAUCAUGGCAGAAAUGCUUCAUCAAUUCUUGAAGGAACUAAUACAGACAUUACACAAACAAGUCCAGUGAAGACUGUUCUUCCUUCUUCACAGCCCGAAAUAAGUAAAGAACCAGCAUCUUCUGUCCAACAGAAAGGAAGAGUCCCUCCAGGAGGAUUUUCAUCAAAGCUUUGGUGA